CUGCUCUGAACACGGAUAGAACAUCUGACCCAAAACCAGCGGUGAUCUCGACGGAGAGCUCUCGCAGAGCUACUCGGAUCUGACACGAUGGCUCCUGGAAUCUCCUAUGAUGAUUCAGGUUCAUUGGCAUCCUAUUUUGGAGUUACCUUCCUAGCUAUACUGCUGCUGCCAUUCACCUAUUCAGCAAUCCGACCUUCCAAAAAGGCCACUCUCAAACCCCUGUGCCCCUGUUCGACAUGUGCGACUCGCGCGACUCAGCUCGCUUCACUUGACAGAGGAAAGCGGAAACGCAAGUUCUGGAGACGUAUCGUACCCCUGGUCCUGGGUUGGAGUCUAUUCGCAUUUCUGUGCUACAGGAUAUCUCAGACGCCAAUGAUGGAGGGUGACAAAAUAUACAAUCCAUUCGAGGUACUCGGUAUCAGCGAUUCAAGCACCGAAAAGCAGAUCAAGAAGCAUUACAAAAAGCUGUCCUUGCUCUUUCAUCCGGACAAGAUUGUUCUUGGACCGAACCAGACUCAGGCCGAUGCGGACGCCAAAUUCGUCGAGCUCACAAAGGCAUACAAAUCCUUGACAGAUGAGGUGACUAGGGAGAACCUGGCGAAAUACGGGAAUCCAGAUGGACCACAGCAGCGGGAGGACAAAAUCGCGAUUCCGAAAUGGGUUGUGGAGGGCAAGAGCAGUAUAGGGGUGCUGGCUGCGUACGGCCUGCUCUUGGGCGGAGGAAUUCCACUGGUUGUGGGCCGAUGGUGGUUCUCGCAAAGACGCAUGACUCGAGACGGAGUCCUCAACGGUACUGCGGAGCUCUUCUUCCAUCACCUGCAAGAAGAUACCGACUUUGGAUCUCUCGUCGCCCUCCUAUCUUGUGCUCUCGAGUUGGUUCCCAUACUUGCAGGGGGACGCCGGGGAUCUAAAAAGGAGCGCAAAGAGCGCCAAGGCAGGAUUGAUGAGCUUGAAAAGGAGCUUGAGACGAAGCGAGAGGAUACGUUCGUGUUUGAGGAUCCAAAUAUGAGGAAGGAGAACAGGGUGGCUCCGACCACUGCUGUCUCGCGUCGAGCCAGUGCUCUUCUGUGGGCUCACUUGCUACGACACGACCUGAAGGAUACGGAUCUCGAAGAAGAGCAACUCGCUGUAUUGCGAGCGCUUCCGACACUCUUUACUGCCCUGCUCAACAUCGCCCUCGCACAUAAUUGGCUGGCCACCUCACUGGGAGUUGUACAACUCCAAGCGGCUUUGGUCCAAGCGCUACCUCCAUCUGCUUCUCCUCUUGCCCAACUUCCAGGCUUGGAAUUCGAAAAAGCGUUUGAGCUUGGUGUGACGAGCGGGUCUGAAGGCAGGAAAUGGGCCGAGAGAGCGACGAAGAAGCAAAUUGUGGAUGGCAAGGCGAACCAAGUACUGAAGUACUGGCCUCGUCUGGAAAUUACCGAUGCAGAAUUUAAGGUGGUUGGCGAGCGAGUGGUGACUCCUAGCUCCAUUGUCAACCUCACCUUUCGAGCGCGAUAUAAUUAUGCCUCGACAUCUAUCCCUACCGAUACAUUGCCCAAACCGAAAGUUUUGGCCAAUGGAGAUGUCAAGGCGGAGAUGAGUACCGACGACGACAACACCGUUGCCAAUGACAGUGUGACGGAAGUUGAAGACCAGCUGGAGAAAGUUGAUAAGGAGGUCGAGGAGAAGGAAGCCAGCGCCGAGAAUAGGGACGAGAAAUCGCCUCUGGUCGAUGGCUUGACGGAUGCGGUCACCGGGACCAAGGAGCCGAGAGUUGGACGCCAAGGCAAGAAGCCUGAAAACAAGGUGUACCCUCCGAAUGGAUACGCUCACGCACCGAGAUGGCCUGGACUUCGGAAACCGAAUUUCCAAGUUUUGCUCGGGGACUCGAAGCUGAACAAGGUCAUUGUCCAACCUAUCCGCAUCACCGACUUGCCUCUUCCACGUGAUGAUGGUCUGCCUUCUGAACCGAGAGAGUUCUCCCUUCAAUUCCAGGCGCCGCCUCAGGCGAACCUGUACAGCUUUGUUCUGUAUGCUGCAAGUGAUACUUUCUUGGGUGGAAAUGUUGAAAAGCCAAUCAUGCUCAAGGUCGAGGAACCUCCGCUAGACAACGAGCUUUCGGACGACGAGGAUAUUUCUGAUCCCGAGGAAGACACGCUCGCCGGUCAGAUGGCAAUGAUGAGAGGGGCAAAGGUCAAGGCUUCACCAGUGCACGGGCAGGCCAACGGCGAUGCAGAUGAGGAAGAGGGAAGUGAUAGUGAAUAUGAGUACGAGUAUGAGAGUUCGAGCGAUGAGGAGGGACCUAAGGGUAGGAAAAAGGCCAUUAAUGAGGAUUCUAGUGAUUCCGACUAAUGUCCAUGGUGACGACAUAUGCAUGGCUAGGGUGAUU